GCGUCCCAGCGGCUCCUAUGCACCUCAGCUCAGCAGAAGAGCGGCCAGGGGUCGGAGGAGGACCAGAAGGCUGAGCAGAGCCCUGUAGAGAAGGCCUUGGCCGAGGAGAAGGGUCAGCUGGAGGAGCAGCUUAAAGAGGUCACAGUGAGUCUGGCUCCAGGGUGAAGUUUCCCUAGGUACAGAUCUAGGAUCAGCUUCCCCUCCCCCAAUCCAACCUUAACCAUUAGUGGGGGAAAAAGCAAUACUGACCCAAGUCUAGGGGCAUCUUCACCCUACUCCUGGUUCACUACACCAGCCACUACAUAGGCUCUGUUCCAACAUCCACGCUAGCAUACUACCUAGAAUGAAGCCAAUGUGUUAGGCUUACAUUCCUAGUGUUAUACUAGUAUGGACAUUGGAAGGUAUACAUAGACUAGUAUUUACGUUUUUGCUGUGAUGUCAACCUGGUUAACUUCAUCCUGGCUGAAUCUCAAUAGUCAGAAGAGCUUUGAGAAAAAGAUCUGCUCAUGGGGUCUCUGUAUGGUCUCAGACUUAGUGUAGUUGUCUCUGUCUACAGGACAAGUACAAGCGGGCCCUGGCAGACAUGGAGAACCUCAGGACGAGGAGUCAGAAGAUGGUGGAAGACACAAAGAAAUAUGGUGCGUUAACGCUUGCACAUUUUAUUUGCUUCUCACCAGUGAAUCGGACCCAGUAGACAGACAUACUUAUAGGUGGUAUUUUAAAACCAUAAUUUUGGUUCAUUGACGGCAAGGAACACACAGUAUAAAGUUAAUAUGUAGGUAUAUUGCAUGAUGUUGUGUUGUUCGUUCUAUGUUUGCUAACAGAAUACAUCUCUCCUUUUCUUUCUACACCUAUCAGGAAUCCAAGGGUUCUGCAAAGACCUGCUGGAGGUGGCAGACAUCUUGGAGAAGGCGACGGAGAGCGUGCCCAAGGAGGAGGUGACCUCUCAGAAGAACCCCCACCUGAAGAACCUGUACGACGGCCUGGUGAUGACAGAUAAACAGAUCCAGAAGGUGUUCACCAAGCACGGCCUGUUCAAGCUCAACCCCGACAGAGGGCAGAAGUUUGACCCCUAUGAGCAUGAGGCUCUAUUUCACGCCCCCGUGGAGGAUAAAGAGCCCGGCACGGUCGCCAUAGUAACCAAGGUGGGCUACAAGCUCCAUGGGCGCACCCUCCGGCCGGCGCUGGUGGGCGUGGCCAAAGCCCCUUAAAAAAAAGAGAUUCAGUGCGACCGUUAUGAUGUCGUUGUUGCUUGGGUGACGGAUCACCUUGGGUACAGCAGGCUGGUCAGAGCCCCCCCACCCAAUCAAAAUCCCCUCCCCCAACCACCUAACGUUGCUUCUGAGGCGGGAAUCCAACUCGAACUGAUAUCAUUACCAUGGACAUCAUCACACAGCCUGUUUUGAGACUGCGUACCGAUUCUCCAACCUUCAGCUGAAGUGUGCACUUGCUCAAUCCCCAUCAUGAAUUGAAAAGCAUUGGAUUGGUAUAAGCAUUGGCUGGAGGGAAUUUACGCCAUCUUUAAAUCCAUGACAGGG